AUGGCUGAAGAGGAAGUUCCUGUGACAACUGAAAAAGUUCUGAAGAUACAGAGGGUGUUCAUAAACCAGCUGGACACCUAUAGCAGCGGAAACAUAGGAAAGUUCCUAGCUAACUGUGUCGCUGGGGCUUCACUGGAAGAGAUUGGAGAAGAAGAAGAGGAAGAAGAUGAGACAAAGUCAGCUGCAGCUCCAGAAGCUCCCACCGUAAAAGUGAAGGAAGGCACCUUCCAGAUCGUGGGCACCUUGGCUAAGCCAAAUAGCGUCAGGCCGGACUUCGCUGUGGAGACAUACUCGGGCAUCUCCCGGGAAGAUCUGCUCUCGCAUCUCAUGGAGUGCGAUGUUGUCAUCUAUAACAUCACGGAGAAUGUGCAGCAAGUGGAGGAGGCCUUGUGGGCAGUCUCCGCACUGAAUGAAGAAGUCAGCCACUUUGAAAAGCGAAAGAUGUUCAUUUUGUUGUCGACAGUGAUGACAUGGGCGAGAUCCAAACCCCUGGACCCUGACGAUAACGAGGUUCCCUUCACAGAAGAAGAUUACCGAAGAAGGAAACAUCACCCCAACUUCCUGGACCACAUCAACGCCGAAAAAAUAGUUCUGAAAUUUGGAAAAAAUGCCAAAAAGUUUGCAACUUAUGUAGUCGCCUCAGGACUUCAGUAUGGAGCAGAAGGCGGCAUCUUACACACCUUUUUUAAGAUGGCCUGGCUGGGCGAGAUUCCUGCACUACCCGUGUUUGGAGACGGGACCAAUUGCAUUCCAGCCAUUCAUGUCGUUGAUCUGGCAGGAGUGAUCCAGAACGUCAUAGACCACGUGCCUAAGCUUCACUACCUGGUAGCUGUGGACGAGUCUGUCCACACCCUGGAAGACCUGGUCAAGUGCAUCAGCAAAAAUACCGGCCCUGGAAAAAUCCAGAAAGUACCCAAAGAAAAUGCUUUCCUGACAAAAGACUUGACACAAGAGUAUCUCGACCACUUGCUGGUGAACCUGAGGAUGGAGGCCCUGUUUGUGAAGGAGAACUUCAACAUCCGCUGGGUCGCCCAAACAGGAUUCGUGGAGAACAUCAACAGCAUCCUCAAAGAAUACAAGCAGAGCCGGGGAUUACUGCCAAUCAAGAUCUGCAUUCUUGGUCCUCCUGGUGUGGGAAAAUCCAGUAUCUCUGAAGAGCUGGCCAAACACUACAAACUGCAUCACAUCAAGAUGAAGGAUGUGAUUUCCGAAGCCAUAGCCAAACUGGAGGCGAUUGUGGCGCCCAAGGAGUCAACGGAAGGAGAAGAGGAAGGUGAAGAGGAGGAGGAGGAAGAGAACAUGGAGGACGCCCAGGAGCUCCUCGAUGGCAUCAAGGAAAGCAUGGAGCAGAACGCAGGUCGACUAGAAGACCAAUAUAUAAUUCGAUUUGUGAAAGAAAAGCUCAAAUCUAUGCCUUGCAGGAACCAAGGUUAUGUUUUGGAUGGCUUCCCAAAGACCUAUGAUCAAGCAAAAGACCUAUUCAACCAGGAAGAUGAGGAAGAAGAAGAAGAAAUCAGAGGCAAAAUGUUUCCCUAUGAUAAAUUAAUUACACCUGAAUUUGUGUGUGGUCUGGAUGCCUCUGAUGAGUUUCUGAAGGAGCGGGUGAUGAACCUCCCGGAGAGCGUGGUGGCAGGUACCCACUACAGCCAGGACCGAUUCCUCCGGGCUCUGAGCAACUACCGGGACAUCAAUACAGAUGAUGAGACGGUCUUCAACUACUUUGACGAAAUUGAAAUUCACCCGAUACAUAUUGACGUAGGAAAACUUGAAGAUGCCCAGAACAGGCUUGCCAUCAAACAGCUCAUCAAAGAGAUCGGGGAGCCUCGGAAUUAUGGCUUAACAGACGAAGAAAAGGCAGAAGAGGAGAAGAAAGCUGCGGAGGAACGCCUGGCCAAGGAGGCUGCUCAGACGGCAGAACGUGAACACAAGGAGGCCAUGGAGAUGGCGGAGAAGAUAGCCCGCUGGGAGGAGUGGAAUAAAAGGCUCGAGGAAGUAAAGCGAGAAGAGAGGGAGCUGCUGGAGGCGCAGUCCAUCCCCCUGAGGAACUACCUGAUGACUUACGUGAUGCCUACGCUCAUGCAGGGCCUCAAUGAGUGCUGCAAGGUGAGGCCCGAAGACCCAGUGGAUUUUCUGGCAGAGUAUCUCUUCAAGAACAAUCCUGAAAUGCAGUAA